GAGGUGGUCUCCGGGUUCUGUCCAGUGGUGGUCCACCUCCAGGAGGGUAGCGUGGUCCUCGUCGUCGCGCACCUCCAGCCGAACCUCAAGUUCGACGGGGUCAACCGCGCCAGGGCGGUGGGCAGCUUCGUGGCCGCCAUAUGCGACCCCUGGGUCACCCUGGCGGACUGGGACCUGGGGCCCGCCGAGUGGGACAAGAGCGAGUGGCUUGGCAAUGUAGGCGGUGCGGUGGUCACUUCGACCAGCGCCGCUAGUGCGUGCGACAAGGGCAAGGGCCGCAUGUGCGACUGCGCCGUCGCCGUGCAGGGCUGGCACCAGCGCCUUCAGCUGAGGGCCAUCUUCGACGUGUUGUGGAAGACCCGCUGCGGCAUCGAGGUCGCCAUCCAGGGCUCCGGCCAGAAGUGGUGCCGCGACGAGCUCUACAUGGCCCGCAGCUUCCCCGCCGGGGAGAGGCCCAUGCAGGUCGCCGACCCUGACAGCAAGACAUCCAGGCGCAAAGCGGAGGCCAGGGGGCGAGCUCGCAGCCUCCCCCCAGAGUUCCAGGCCACCCACCUUGAGCUCGACGCGGACGAGGACGAGCAGGCGUGCCAGGGCGCCAUCAAGCCUUUCUUCAUCGCGGAGGAGAUCUGGAGCAGCUGCCGACCAGACGCCCUGCCGACGCCAGCCCCUCGCGCGGGCCAGCUGCAGCAUUUCGCCCGGGCCAUCAGGCCCGAGGCUGCGGGCGCUGUCAGCAAGGCGGGCGCCCAGUGGAUCUUCCACCUGUCACCUGGAGGCAGAGCGCGCGCGCUGGACGUCGGAGUGAAGGCGUGGGGCACCAUCGGCAGCCUGACCAUCGGAGCGCGCGCCCUAGUUGCCAACGACUCGGACCCUGACCACCUGGACCUUGUACUGGGCGACCUCGAGCACCGCUGCGACACCGUCGACGACGAGCAGCACAGGGCAACGUAUUUCGGCAACUCCACCACUUAUGAGCUCACGGAAUGGAGGAACGUCAGGCGGGCCCUCAUCGCCCACAUCGGCGUAGAGUUCGUCACCUGCAGCUCUGACGAGCUCAUCGCCGUCCUGGACCCCUUCAUUGAGAUCGCUGAGUCGUUGGCCAGCCGCGGACAGCAGACGGAUGUCCUCCACGAGGGCGCCGCCAUCGCGGACCUCAGCGCCAUCGUGCAGUCCAAGGCCACCGAGUGGCCACAGGUCUGGUCCGACCCUGAAUACGACGAGGGCCAGAUCCCCCAGGACCUGCGCGAGCUCCGCGCGCGAGCUGCCGAGGAGCGGCUGGGCCCCAUCAUGCUGGAGCGGCUCGACGUGGCGUUGUCCAGGGCGUCCUCCAGGAAGGCCGAGGGCGUCGACGACAUCGCGGCCGCUGACGUCCAGCGGCCCCCGCCCUCGGCCGGGCGGGAGCUCGUCGACCUGCUCGACCUGGUGGAGGAGCAG